CACCAGCUCCCAACCCAGCGCUGCUGUCCUGCCAGGUCCAGUUACACGUGUGAGUCAGAGCCAAUUCCUUGAAUGAGGCUCCCACUCCAACCAGGCCUUCUCCGCUCCGCCCGACGAGCGCUUGGGGAGUGCCAUCGGGGUCCAGCACGCAGCAGCAGCACCAGCCAGCAGCACCACCAAACCAGCGUCCGGCCAAACAUCCGGCAGACGGUCGAAGCCCCCACCAUCCCCCACCACCGCCACUACCUCUCCCACUCUCUACUUUCCUCCUCGACUUUUCCAUCUUCUUCCCCCUCGUCCAUUCCCCCUCACCACUCCUCCCGCCCGCUCUCCACCAUGCCUAAAGAAAAGGAAUCCAAGGUCUCCUUCAACCUCAAGACCCCCAAGGGCACCAAGGACUGGUCCGGGUCCGACGCCCUCCUCCGCGACCGCAUCUUCACCACCAUCGCCGAUGUCUUCAAGCGUCACGGCGGUACCGCCCUCGACACCCCCGUUUUCGAGUUGCGCGAGAUCCUUGCCGGCAAGUAUGGUGAAGACUCCAAGCUCAUCUACGACCUGCAGGACCAGGGUGGUGAGAUCUGCUCCCUCCGCUACGAUCUUACCGUCCCCUUCGCCCGCUGGCUCGCCAUGAACCCCGACGUCCGCAGCAUGAAGCGCUACCACAUCGCCAAGGUCUACCGUCGCGACCAGCCCGCCGUCAGCAAGGGUCGCAUGCGCGAGUUCUACCAGUGCGAUUUCGAUAUCGCCGGUACCUUCGACCCCAUGGUCCCCGAUGCCGAGAUUCUGCGUAUCGUCACCGAGGUCUUCGAGGAGCUGGGCUGGAAUGGCCGGUAUAACAUCAAGAUCAACCACCGGAAGAUCUUGGAUGGUGUGUUCCAGGUGUGCGGCGUGCCGGAGGAGAAGAUCCGUCCCAUCUCCAGCGCCGUCGACAAGCUGGAUAAGAUGCCAUGGGCCGAUGUGCGGAAGGAAAUGGUCGAUGAGAAGGGUCUGGAUGGUGCCGUGGCUGACAAGAUUGAGACGUACGUCGUGAAGAAGGGUGGCCGCGAUCUGCUUGAUAUCCUCCUCAAGGACGAGGCCCUGAUGGCCAAUGAGUCCGCCAAGGCCGGUCUGGAGGAUAUGAGUCUGCUCAUGGACUACCUGGAGGCAUUCGGUGUCCUGGACAAGAUGUCCUUCGAUAUGAGUCUGGCUCGUGGUCUUGAUUACUACACCGGUGUUAUCUACGAGGUUGUCACUGAGGGUUCCGCACCCGCCGUGUCGUCGUCCGCACCGGAGGCUCAGGUCGUGCAGAAGUCCGGCAAGAAGAGCAAGUCCAAGGGUGGCAACCUGGAAGAUGACGACCGUUCCAACGACCCGACCCUGGGUGUGGGCAGUGUCGCUGCUGGAGGUCGCUACGACAACCUGGUGGGCAUGUUCCUGCCCAAGGCGCAGAUUCCCUGCGUGGGUGUGUCCUUCGGUGUGGACCGUAUUUUCUCCAUCACCAAGGCCCGCAUUGAGCGGGAGAAGAGUGCGGAGGCUCUUCGUAGCAGCGAGGUCGAUGCCUACGUCAUGGCAUUCGGUGGUAAGGGAUUCACCGGCAUGCUCAAGGAGCGGAUGAGCGUGUGCCAAACUCUGUGGAACGCCGGCGUAAAGGCCGAAUUCUCCUACAAGGUCAAGCCCAAGCUUCCUCAACAAUUCAAGGCGGCCGAACAAGCCGGCGUGCCCUUCGCCAUCAUCCUCGGCGAGGACGAGCUCGCCGCCGGCAAGGUCCGUGUCAAGGAGAUGGGUCUGGAAGACGGACACCCGGAGAAGGAGGGCGUGCUAGUUGAUCUGGCUGCCCUCCCGGCCGAAGUCAAGGCCCGGGUGGCCAAGAAACAGGGCGAGAGUGUCUCCGACGUUACGCAGCAGCUGGAUGACCUGAAGGUAGAUGCAUAGAGGGGGAGGCUUAGACCGGGUGGGGGGCUUUCUACAUUUUCAUCUCUGCUAAAAGUACACAUACAAUUUUUGCAUACAUGCACGCACGCAUACCUGCGACGGAUUCAAAUGGGUGGCCGCCCAAAAGAACAAAAAUGGAUGAUAUCAAAAUACAAUACCCAAAUUCUUUUUUUCUUUGUUUUUGUUUUUCUUUCUUUCCUUGAUUAAAUGUAUAGAUUGCAGUCGAUCGAAUUGAAUGAUAGCGUCUCCAUUCUAU